GACACACACGUACAGCCAUGAAGCAGCAGCAGUUGGUCAUUAUCUACGGUCUCGUCGCCAUAGUACUCGUCGCAAUAGAUGCACGAUCCUCAGCUCCCGUCGCUAAUAAUGCUCGAGAACACCACCAACGCCACAAGCUCCUUCCAGCCGGCAGCACCACCAAUUCUACCGACUCCAACGCCGCCGCGGCCACCGUACCAUCAUCUGGUAGCACCAACAGAUCCGUAGGGAAGUACUCUUCCGCCCGCGACGUCGGCCGAAAUUCUCCCGCCUUCAGAUCAUCAGCCCAUAAAGAGGAGGAGGAGGAGGCACCAGCGGACGAUACUGAACCAACGAAUCCCGAACAGCUCAAGUGCGGCUCGUGGGGGAAUAUUGAAAAAUGCGUUUAUGCAAGCUUUCCUUGCUGCAGCGAGCAAUGGUUCUGUGGAUCUGGUGACUACUAUUGUGGCUCCAGAUAUUGUCGACCUUACUACAGCAUCUAUUGUGAUGCCUGACUGACGCUAGCUAGUAAUUAGCUCCAUAGCGGCGGCGAUGGAGGGAAGAGAAGAAAGUGGAAACUUUUAUGGACGGGCUUUAUAUGUCCGUAAGAGCAGAUGCUUAGAUCGCUAUAGAGAUAUUGUGAUCGUAAAUGAUGUUCUAGCUGCUAUAGAAAUAACUUCACUUUGGGAAUAAAUAUGAGCAGAAGUAUACUUUGAAGCCUUUGUAAGGCUUGGUGGUAUCAGAGAGUGAAGAAGCAAAAGAAAGAGUGAGCUUGAGAAUGAAGAAGAGCUAAAGCUCUGAGGGUGUUAGUAUGCACGGCAAUAAUUGCCGAGCAUGAGGUGUGAAUUGUAAAAAUAUUUUGAGUGAAAUAAAAUUGAAGUCCUCUG